AUGCCUAGACAGAGACGAUCUUCUUCGUCCUUUAACCUUCUCUCUUUUCCUACUUUGCCUCCUCCUUCCCACGUGCCAACUCCUCUUCCCGCACGUAAAAUAGACACAAGAAGGUUAAGAUUCCUCUUCCAAAAGGAACUGAAGAACAGUGACGUCAGCUCCCUCCGCCGAAUGAUACUCCCCAAGAAAGCAGCGGAGGCUCACUUGCCUGUGUUGGAAUCCAAGGAAGGGAUACCUAUAAAAAUGGAAGAUAUGGAUGGUCUUCACGUUUGGACUUUCAAGUACAGGUACUGGCCAAACAACAAUAGCAGAAUGUACGUGCUAGAAAACACAGGGGACUUUGUGAAUGCUCAUGGUUUGCAGCAAGGUGACUUCAUCAAGGUCUACCAAAAUCUCUACCUUCACAAUUACGUGAUACACGCAAGAAAGGCAUCAGAAGACGAAGAAGAAGAAAACUUAACAAGCGUUGAAGAAGACGACGUUUACACAAACUUAACAAAGAUUGAAAACACUGUGGUUAACGAUCUUCUCCUCCGAGAUUAUAAUCAUCAUUACAACAGCGAUGACGGAAAAUGUUCUUACUAUUAUCCCAUCAUCGACGACAUCAGUGCCACAACCACAAGUACCACGUCUUUCGUUUACGACACAACGGCUCUAACAUCCAACGACACUCCUCUCGAUUUUUUGGGUGGACUCGCAACGAGGACUAAUAAUUAUUACUCCAAGGUCGGAUCAUUCGAGGGUUUUGGGACAGUCGAGAGUAUUUCUCUCGAUGACUUCUAA